GCACACAUCUUGAAACUGCGGUCACGUGGCUGCAGCUACAUCAACCUGCAACCCACCCCUCGAUCGUUUUCUCUCGAUACUGAACCAUCCCACCGACUUUUAUUCUCCUUUACCAUGGCGAGAGCAGUAUAUGCGGACGAAGUCCUACGCCUAAGUGUCGAUGAUAUUGGAGAUGAGGAUCUUUUCGACCUUAAAGACCCAGAGAAUUGGACUGAGGAACAUACGGCACAUUUCCGGUGAUAACCCCUUCUUCUUAUGUUUGCGGUCUUAGAUGCUGGUAUUGACAAGGGAUCAUUUAUUCUAGGAAAAUUGUCAAUGAGCGCCACCAGCGUGAUGAAAAAGAUCGGUCGCGGGCGGUGGAUGCAGAUGAACUUGGGGCACGAUUAGGCCGCAUUCCUACGAGAGAAUCGCCCACCUACCCUCUUACGCGCUACCGCUCGCCCUCCACUUCGACUAUCGACACGGAGAAAGAUAGAGAAGAGGGCUGGCAAGAAGAGGAGGAGGCCUAUCAUGCUUUGGUAGCUGAAGGGGGCCGGCCGUCCCAUCCUGUGACCCUGGGAUAUGACGUGAUAGACAACCCCGACAAGUAUGAGCCAUACAAAGACAUCCUCUGGUUUUGGCAUUCUCAAUAUGGUGGGCGUCAUGCCGAAUUCCGCUACCAACUUAUCGAAUGGCGGGAAUUCCGGGAAAUGCAAGACAAGAAGAGGAGUUAUUACGUCCCACGAAACAGGUUUCGAGAGUAUCAGGACUCCGUCCGUGAGAGCCAAACAGACGCGGGAUGGAAAUACGACCUUCGAGUGCUCGAGGACCGACACCAACAGAACCGACUGGAAGACUGGAAUGAGUUUCGGGCGUUCUACUAUCGGAGGCUCAAACAAUGUGAGAAACGGGUUGCGCCGGCGGAGCAGGACCUAUCAAUGUAUCAGAGGAAGUUUGAAGAAGCCCAAGCACGACUGACCAAUGUCAUUACUGAUACUCAGGUUCUGUAUAGCCGAUUUGAUGAUAUCCAGGCUUCAAAGCAGGAAGUGACUAAAGCGAAAUUUAGAGUGGAGUCAGCCGAGGAGGCGUUACAAGCAGCAAAGCAAAGCAGAUCAAAGAGAAAGGCAACGUUAAUGAGGAUGGCGCACCAGGAAAUCGCUUCUGCGCGGGACAAUUUAAAGCAGGUAUCUGGUACUGAGGAAAUGAGAAGACUCCGUGAUGGGUUCGACCUGCACCUAGCCGAGGAGUCCAUGAUCAUAGCAAAGGGUAAGUUGAGAGGAGCGGAGCUCCGUGUGAAGAGAUGGAAAGUCUUUCUGAAGUGGAUCGACGACCAGCAUCCAGACAUCGCUGCCGAAUGCGGAUUAUUCACCAAUAAUACCCUGGAUGCCGCUUUCCAUGCCAUCAGAGGAAAAGAAGAUCCGCAGAGGCAGAAAGAGCGGCCUCAGCUCCGACGAAGAGAACAUAAGCAAAGACGGUCUGUCCUCAGUCCAAAAGCUCCAUCGAAGGUCUCAAAAGCCUCGAAAGCUAGAGUGAGCCCUUCCAGCUUACGUGCAACGAUCACAACACCACUUCACGAAUCUCCCGUGCCGGCGGUCGCUUCAGCUCAGCAAGGAGAUCAUGACGACAACAGAAAGUCGCGGCUACGGCAAAGGCCAAGUACUUCAACACUCAAACCCACCCGUCGCAGCGCUCGAAUCGCAGAAAGAAUAAAAGGCCUACAGGAUUGUGAUGCACUAUCUAAAACUGCAAGAUUGAUGGGUAGAGAGGCGCAUGAGCUGUUACAAGUGAAGCGGCAAAAGAAACGGAAUAUAAAGGGAGCAACGAUGAAGAGUGGUGAGCGCCUGAAAAGCAGCUAUCCAUCGAGACCGCAAGGAGUUACGAAGCGAAGGUGUCUGUCACGUUGAAGCUGCAUUCCAAACAGAGGCAUCAUGGUCCAUUCUUCGUUUGUGCUCAAAUUUACCAAUGGAAAAUAUGUUCUUGAUCAUAUGGCUGUCGUGGAAUCUCGCUUAGCCCCC